GGAUUUAUUUCCUACAUUUUUAUUAUUAUUUCUUUUAUAAUAUUUAUCAAAUGCCUUCCGUGCGCCUGGACUGGACUGGAGUGUAGUGGAGUGGUGAUAAAACGGUGGCCAGCCCCUCACCAUGGAUGGGUUCAGCGUAAACACCAGUAACGUCUCUUUGGAGAGUUCCCUCUCUGGAGACGAUCCUCGAGACGAGCGCUUGGCUCAGGUGGAGAUCGCGCUCCUGUCCAUCAUCUUCCUCACCGCGGGGAUCCUGAACUUCGGGCUCCUGCUGGUCCUGUGCAGGCGGAGGAAGCAGCUCUCCAGGAUGCGCGUCUUCGUCCUCCACCUGUGCCUCGCGGACCUGGUGGUCACGUUUUUCCAAGUUUGCCCACAGCUGAUGUGGGACAUCACCGACCGGUUUAUCGGUCCGGAUAUACUGUGCCGCCUGGUCAAGUACCUGCAGGUGGUCGGGAUGUUCGCGUCCACCUACAUGAUCGUAGUGAUGACUGUGGACCGAUACCAAGCCAUCUGCAACCCCAUGGUAACUUUCCAGAGGCGCAGGGCGCGCUGGAACGGUCCGGUGUGCGCCGCCUGGUGCGUCUCCCUCAUCGGCAGCCUCCCGCAGGUCUUCAUCUUCUCCCGGGUCGAGGUCGCUCCCGGUGUGUACGACUGCUGGGCGCAGUUCAUCGCGCCGUGGGGAUCGAGAGCCUACGUGACCUGGACGACUCUGGUGAUUUUCGUGCUGCCGAUUCUCACCGUGGUCGUGUGCCAGGUGCGCAUUUGCCGCACGCUGCACACCAACUUCUACAUGAGGACGCAGCACGUCAGAGAAGCGGCGGCGGACGAGGCGAGUAAAGCGUCCUCGUCCCGGGCCAGCAGCGUGGCCGGGGUGUCCAAGGCGAGGGUGAAGACGGUGAAGAUGACCGUGGUCAUCGUGCUCGCCUACGUCGUCUGCUGGACGCCGUUCUUCACCGUGCAGCUCUGGUCCGUGUGGGACGUGGAAGCUCCCACUCAGACUGCGACCUUCACCAUCUUGAUGCUGCUGUCCAGCCUGAACAGCUGCGCCAACCCCUGCAUCUACCUGCUGUUCAGCGGGAAGCUUCCCAGGAGACUGGUGGCCCUGGUGUGCACGGGUCAGCCCGACCUGAAGGAGUCCAUGCAGGAGGAGACCACGGUGGUCAGCUCCCUCUACAUCAGCCUCAAGAGCCUGUCAGACUGCAGAUAGAAGUCUCCUUCUUUAAUUCUUUUAUUUCAUUUAAACCUCAGGCGCAUCGAACACGGUGCGGUUUCCUCAUGAAGGAACACCUAUUGAUAAGUGUGAAGACAAACAUCCCAGCUGAAAAAAAAAAAUCCCUGCUGAACAAAUGAUCUUUGUAUGACAAAACACAAGACACACUUAAACUGAUACUGAUGUAUGACAAGCUCAGGAGGCCCGUGGCUGAAACUUCUCCCCUGCCUACGAAAUGUUUGCCUAAAGACACGUUCUGGUAAGAACUCACAGUGUUGUAAGGGCUGAUCCUGAUCACCAUGGUGAUCCCCUUUACUUUACCACAUGUGAUUGUGACUGCAACGCCAGCAAAAAGUAAAACUAAUCUAAGCUUUGGCAUCAUUUUAUGUUCAAUUUCUGUUGUAUAUUUGUCUCAGUACUCCACUAGAAUAGCCUCGCAUGAGUCACAGUUUAAAAAAAAAAAAAAAAAAUUAAAAUCCCUAUUUAUAUUGAUGAUGCAUAACACUAUGACCAGCUUUUAAUAUUAUCUAGGUCUCCCCUGUGCCUCCAAAACAACAUGUAAGUGUAACGUCUACAUGAAUGAAGAUCAGGUCCAAAAGUUUCCCAGCAGCACAUUGUAUUGUCACGAGAUGGUUCCUGCCAGUGGUCAUAAUGUUGUGGCUGAUCGGUGUACCUCACAGCCCCCUUUUAGUUGAGCCUCUGCUUGUCUCCUGUCUCUUUAAGGACCCCUCCCUCAAAGAUGCUUUCUCCUGAUUGACAGGAUGUGUAAAGUGUAAAAACUCUCUAUUUAUGGACGCCGUCUCAUCCGUCUGUUGUUGUGCAGGUUCAAACUUCUGAAGCAUGUAUGUAACAAGAAGAAUGAAAAAAAAGAAAGAAAAUGGUUAGAAAACAAGUAUUCAGAUUUAUUUUUUAUUUAUUAUUUAAAACGUGUUAUGUAAGAUGUGUUUUUUGUUUUUUAUGAACAUGCAAUAUGACAUAAAACCCCUUAAAACACCUGGUAAUAAAGUGACAUAUUCUCACUACCACAUAGAGUAAGGAUUCAGUUUAAAGCUCUACUGUGGCUACAUGCAGUGUUAGAGAGCUGAUAUUUGACAAAUAUCAUCAUGCAAAUGUAGCUUCCAGUUUUAAAAUAAAACACCACGUGACUCUUUUCUCUUCGUAGCAUCGUACUGUGCUUCUCCAGGUAAACACGUCUCAGAACGAUGCAGAAAACUGUCCACUGUUACAUGCAACCUCUCCAAUAAAAGACAGACUUAUGUGAAGGAUGUCUCAAAUAAUGCAACAGACUGACCAUCAGCAUUAAAGUGCAUGUAGUCUCGCGUAUAAAGAAGAUAUUGAUUGUGUGCAUGUGAUUCUUCAGUUUCUAUCUGCACCUUUAUCUGAUCAUGUGUCUGAUGAGGACAGAUCUGUUGGUUUUUUGCUCGUAUCUGAUGUUUUUGUUUAUCUUACCCACAAGAAGGGAUCCAUCGCUGAAGUGUUACCAAAUAAACAGCUGUGACUUUU